AAAAAAAGUGCAAAGCUACUGCUUCUUCUCUUAUCUUCCCAAAGGAAAAGAGAGAGAGAAUCUGAGAAAGAGAAAGAAAAGGUAGAGAUGGGGGUGGUGAUAAUCGACGGAUCGACUGUGAGAGACUUCGUGAACGAUGAGGCGCAGUUCAAGAAGAGUGUGGACGAGCAGUUCGAGGCGCUGGACCUGAACAAGGACGGGGUUCUCUCUCGCGGGGAGAUCCGGAAGGCCUUCGAGUCGAUAAGGCUGAUCGAGACCCACUUCGGCAUCGACGUGGCGACGCCGCCGGAGCAGCUGACGCAGCUCUACGACUCAAUCUUCGAGGGUUUCGACUGCGACAAGAACGGGACGGUGGAGCGCGAGGAGUUCAGGGAGGAGAUGAAGAAGAUCAUGCUGGCCAUUGCUGAAGGGCUUGGGUCGUGUCCUAUUCAGAUGGCUCUCGAUGAUCAGAGUUUGCUCCAAAGGGCUGCGGAUCUCGAGGCUUCCAAGGCUUCCAAGGCCUCCAAGGCCUCUAGCGCCUGAAUACUCGUAUCUCAUAUGUAUGCUUCUUCUGUUUCUGGAUAUUAAUUCUACUUUAAUUACUUUCUUCGCUCAUCUUCCUAUCUUGCAUCUCUUAAUUUAGUCCAUUUGGAACUC